AUGAAGGUUGGGCUAAUUAACUGUGCCGGGAGUUACCUCACCAGCGAAUGCUACGGGGAUGGCAUCACUGUCCUGGGAAACUCACUGGGCAGAAAGCAGACCUGGGAGCUGCAGGUCACCAUGAAUCAGGGGAAGCAGACCGUGGUGGAACUGCUAGGCCAUCAGGGCCACUACCUCCUAGUGGAUCCUGACGGAUCAGUCCGAUGUGGGCAGCCAGCAUCCAUCCAGCAAAGCCAGUUCCUGUUGGAGCUCCAUCGCAGUGGCAAGUGGACUCUCCAGUUGUUGGACAGCAAGAAGUACCUGGAGUCUGACGGGGAGGAUGUUUUCUGCGUUUCCCAGAGCCCAUCCUCCUACCAUAAGUGGCUGCCCCAGCUGGCCAUGCAUGUCCACAUCGUGCUGUACAACCCCACCCACCAAUGCUACGCCCGAGCCGACGCAGACCUGGACAGGGUGUGGGUCGACACCCCAGCGCCUUACCUGGAAGAGUGCGGCUUCGUGCUACGGUUCAGGAAUGGGAUGUACCACCUGGAGACCUCCAGCCACAAGUAUGUCUCCAGAGUGGAGAAGCUAGCCAAGAAACCCUCUGCACAGACGGCUUUCAACUUAAACCUCAAGCCCAGGUGCCUGGCUUUCCUGAGUGACCAAGAUGGGUGUGUCCUGUACCCUCAAGGCAAGCGGAGGCGUUUGUGCCUUGGUGACAACCCCAAAGAGGAGGAAGAGUGGUUUGUUAUAAAGAGGUGUCCACAAUGGGUCAGUCUGAAAACUAAGGCCAAGAGAUACGUGUCCAUCAUAUGUGACACGGAAGUGUAUGCCGGCUCAGACAAAGUGACCCCAAAGUCUGUGUUCCACUACGAAUUCGAUCCAGACACCAGCGCGGUGCAGCUAAAAACAGUUAACAACCGUUACCUGGCCCAGAGAAAAUUCAAGAGCAUAGUGGCAAAUGGGAGACGCAUGGAACCAGAGACCAACUUCCGUGUCCUGUGGCAUUGUGGGAAAAUCUUCCUGCAAGCUUUCAAUGGCCGGUACCUGGGCACCAUGCCCAUUGGGCUGGUGGUGGCCAGUGCUGUGCACCCAGGGCCUGGCGAGGCCUUUGGGGUGCGCCUGGCCAACCGCUCCUUCCUGGUGCUGCGUGGCAGGUAUGGCUACGUGGGGACCUUGGCCUGCCAUGACAUCCUGCAGUGUAAUCUGGUGGACCCCGACUGCAUUGAGCUGCUGCCCUGCAAGCCGGGCAUUUAUCACUUCCAAGCCCACGGCAGGAGCUUUUGGUCUCUGAGCUCAGAUGGCACCUUCAGAACCUGGGGGAAGUUUGCCUUGAACUUUUGCCUGGAGAUCCAAGGGAGUAACAUCCUGGCCGUGUUAGCCCCCAAUGGGUACUACAUGCGAGGAGACCGGAGCGGCACCCUCCUGGCAGAUAGCGAGGAAGUCACUAGCGAGUGCCUCUGGGAAUUCUAGAUGGAGGAAGGUACAGAAGAGUCUCUCCUUUCCCAUGUCUUGCUGGACUGGCUGCUGGGUAGCCACUAUGCCAUUGUCUAGGCGUGCAAAGACCAUGUCCUAUAAUGCUGACCAGUAUGGUCUCACCAUUUCCUUGUGCUCCCCCCAUCUGUCUCCACCUCUUAUUUCUUCUCUUAUAUUGUAAGUGCUUAGAGGCAAGGGCUGUCUUGUUGUGUGUCUGUACAGCGCCUAACACAGUGGGUUUCUGAUCCAUCACCGGGGCUCCUAAGUGCUAAUACAAAUAUUAAAUAAUAUUCAGCCAGAGUCUGGUAGGUCUCAGAGGACAGGACACCCACUUCUUCACCCCACCUGCCACAAACACUUCUGCUAAGUCUUAGCAGAGUGGCCCAAAUGAAGGGGUGGCUCAGCGAACGGGGAAUGCCCUAGAGAG